AUGCCAGAAGCGGAGCUGCAUGAUGAAUUUGCUGAUCCGCUCUUAGUAAAUGAUUCUCAACCACCUUCAGUACAAGCCUCAGAGUCUGAGAAGCCGUACGUAUCGCUAGAAGCAACUUCCACCAUAGCCGUGGGAGUGACUCUGCAUGAGGAGGAACGAGCGAAGGAAGCCACAGAGAAGAACGCAGAGAAGGACAAUGUAUCCCGGUCGAUCACGGAAUUGGUGCCGCUGUUGAUGGAGAGGGCUGCUGAAGCCUUCACGAAGGUGGUUACGUCUCGAGCAGGCGGUUUGGUCGUCCUCAACGUUGUCACCAUGCUCUACGCCACCAACACCACCAUCGUCAAGGGAGCAGAGGAAGCCGCGGGAGGGCCGCUGCAGUUCUGUCUGGGUCGCUUCGCCAUCGCAGCACUCGCGCUCUCUCCGCUGCUCCCCGCCGCCCUCUCCAACCCCGCCGUGCGUCGCUGCGGCAUCGAGAUGGGCCUGUGGACGUCUCUGGCGUACCUCUCCCAGGCCUUCGCUCUCAUCACCACUGGCGCUGGCCGCGUUUCCUUCAUCAGCACCUUCACGAUGAUAGAGGUGCCGCUGGUGGCGGGUCUGCUGGGGGCGCGCAUUCCUCCCCUCGUGUGGGCUGCCACUGCCUCCGCCGUUGCUGGCGUUCUCCUCCUCGAAGCCAACUCUGAAGCCUCCACGCUCAUGGGUGACGGCCUGGCUUUGGUGAGCGCGGUGGCGUUUGGGCUGCUCAUGGUGCGAUCGGAGCACUUUGCAAAGACUGUGCCCGCCACAGCCAGUCUUGACCUCAUCGCCCUUCAGAUAUCCACUGUGGCGUGCUGUGCUGCUAUUGGCACAGCAUUCAUCAGCCUCAUAGACCUUCCAUUGGCCACCACCGCCCUUGCAGCCGACAUAGGGGCAUCAGCUAUAACAGCUGCAUCAGCCACAGCAGCCGCAGCAGCCAUGCCAGUAACUGCAGCAGACCUCGCGUCUCCUCUUCCUGCUCUUCUUACCUCACACACCCUGCCCAGUUUAGUCGCCCAGGCCAAGGAGCUCAUCAGUGCCACGUCACCCACUGAUGUUGUGGAAAGAUUAGCCUCGGUGGUGAGCUCGUGGCCGUGGGUACAGAUGGGGUACACAGGGGUGGUUUCCACCGCCCUCUGCCUCUGGCUUGAGAUCGUGGCACUCCGGCAUGUUGCGGCCUCUGAAGUGGCCAUGGUCUACACUCUCGAGCCGCUAUACUCAGCUCUAUUAGCCUCCUUGGUCCUACAGGAGGAGUGGACAACAGUAGGGUAUCUGGGAGCAGCACUGAUUUUCG